UCAAAAGCUAUACGUUGAACACAAAAGUUCCAGAACUGGAGUCAUGUCAUGGGAUUGUUAUAUAAAGGUUCCAAACUCUUGAACAUAAUUCUGGAUUCCCUGGAAGAUCAAGAGGGUGGAGCUAUGUACAUAUCGUGCGAUGUCUCAAACGGAGGUCCUGUGGAACCAGAAACGGGCUAUGUGCCCAACAAUCCAUUAUUCGGUCUGGCGCUGGACAGUCCGCAGCAAGAGUGCGCCGCUUCCUGCGUUGGCUGCUUAUCCUGCCAAGGCAACACCGUCCUGCCCAUACCCUCACUGACCAGCAGCGACUUCGAUUGCGGCUCCUGUUUCGAUACCAGCAUUGGCGGCGUUCUAGGCAGCGCACAAAUCAAUACAACGCCGCCGGCCAGUAAUUUAUCAGCGGGCAACAUCAACGGUGGCAACGGAAUUGGCGGCGGCACCAACGGCGUCAGCUACUGGAGCACCGAUGAGAUGGCGUCCACAUUUCCCGGCCUGCCCCCACUCGACAUUGAUCCGCUGCCCAGUCUGUUUCCCUUCUCCCCGUGCGGCGCUUCAUAUAACUUUGCGGCGAAUCCGCAUCAGGCCUCGUUGUCCUAUACUGUGCAUCCCCACCAGAUGCUCAUCUCACCCAAUAGCCAGUCGCAAUCGCAGCAGACACAGCAGCAGCAGCAGCAACAACAACAACAGCAGCAGCAACAACAUCAGCAGCAGCAAGGACAACAGCAUCAUGCCACACACCAUCAUCAUCACCAUCAUCCCCCGCACCAUCAGCAGGCCCAGCAUCAUCAUCCGCAGCAGUCGUCGCACGGUAGUAAUGCGCUCCACAACAGCAACAGUGGAAGCGGGGCAGCUGGGGCUGUUGGUGGUGGCAGUUCCUGCUACUACGAUGCCGCCAGCUCGGCGGUAGCUGCACAAAGCGGCGGCGCGGGCGCCACGGCCCAUCCGGCCGCCCUCUACCCCAGCAUGAGUGUCAACGUGAGUAUGAACAUGACCAUGCACGGCUAUGGGGCGGAUGGCAGCGGCAUGCCCAUGCAGUGCUCCCAAAUGAAUUGGACACCACCGAGCAGUUCGUCGGCCGUUAAUGUACUCUAUCCGCCGCUCUUGAGCCCCACACACUAUCCCGCCUCGGCCACCUAUUCCUUUACCGCGGACUUUCGUGCGCCUGCUCUGCAAACCAAUCAGGCGGCGGCAGCGGCAGCGUUGGGCGCCUUGCCUGCGCUCGCCGAGGCACUGGCCACCACGGAUAAGGAUUCACCCUCGCCCACAGGCUCCACAGUUGCAACGCGCGCCUAUUUUGGCGGCAGCCAGAGCUAUACGCCACCACCAGCUGGUGGAGCGGCUAUAGCGGGCGCACCACCACACAAGAGCCCCAGCUAUCAGUCCUUGGGUCUGGGACUGGGCACCUUUGAGGAUGACGAGGAUAGCAAUGAGGAGGGUAGCGCCGGUGGCGAUAUGAAGCCGAAUCUGUGCCGGCUAUGCGGAAAGACCUAUGCCCGACCCAGCACACUCAAGACGCACCUACGCACCCAUUCGGGGGAGCGACCCUAUCGCUGUCCCGACUGCAACAAGAGCUUCUCCCAGGCCGCCAAUCUGACAGCACACGUACGCACACACACCGGACAGAAGCCGUUCCGCUGUCCCAUUUGUGAUAGACGUUUCUCACAAAGUUCCAGCGUCACCACGCACAUGCGCACGCAUUCCGGCGAGCGGCCCUACCGCUGCUCCUCCUGCAAAAAGUCCUUCUCGGACAGCUCCACGCUCACCAAGCACUUGCGCAUCCACAGUGGCGAGAAGCCCUAUCAGUGCAAGCUCUGCCUCCUUAGAUUUUCGCAGUCGGGCAACUUGAAUCGGCACAUGCGCGUUCAUGGCAACAACAACAACGGCAGCAAUGGCAGUAAUGGCAGCGGUAGUGGCGGAAAUGGCGGUGGAAGCAACAUUAUCACAUGACAAAAACCACGCAGUGCUGGCGGUUUUCAACACUACCACCCCCCGCACACGCACCCGCACGCACACGCACAUCCGCACCAUCCCCAUCAUCUGCAUCAUCACCAUCAUCAUCCCCAUGCCCACCACACCCACACCCACAUGCCCCUUACAACGGGCCAUGCCAAUUACGAUUACGGCAAUUAUAGCAUCAGCGACUACACUCCACCCGGCGCUACAGCCACACAAAACUAUUCAGGGUACUAUUUUUGCGCACUCAACAAGCCACCCAAGUUCGAGCGUUUCUAUUAAAUAGCAGCAGCAGUCAAAAAAGAAGGGGAAGAAACAACAGCAACAAAUGCAACAAAUUGAAAUGUAGUUGAAAAAUGCUCAAAUUCGAAAUCAAUCAAACAACCAAUCUUAGGCUUACAGUCCAUAUACGUAUAUAUACCUAUUAUUAUGUGUAUGUAUGUAUGUAUGUCUAACUGUUUAUGUAUAUAACUCAUAUUGUAUUUAUUAUUCAUAUAUUCAUAAGAUUACCGAGGUGACAUUAAAAAACCAACAGAGUCAUAACAUCAAACAUUUUAAAUAAAAAAAAAACCUGCCCAAAUAAAA